AUGGCCGUCGUGGUGAUCAAGCAGGAUUUGCGCGGUGCUCAAAGUGACAAUACAAGUGGACAUGAAGACCCGCCCCUGCUGCUCCAGCUGCGGUCAUCAGCUGGCCCCGUCGCCCUCACCAGCGAGAGAGCCCGUGGGAGCCUGGGCCAACCAUGCAGCACGAGCAGCAGCGCCUGCACCCGCUCCGCCCUGGGCCGCAGGCCGAGCGGACAGGCAGCCAAGUCGCCCCCCGCGGAGAGGUGGCCGUGCUGCCAGCCAGUCGGUGCGCGAAGAGACGAGACCGUCCAGCGCCGCAAGGAGGAGCUCCCCAAGGCCGCCGUCACCGCCUUCCAGCACCUGGAGGCCGCGCUGCUGCCAGCGCCUGCGGCGACUAGGGCUGAGCUGCCAGACGAGGCGGCCCAGCUUGCCUGGGGGGCCGCCAGGCGGGCCACCAAGGCCCUCAACGAGGCCAUAGACGCCACCGAGCAGGCCCGCUCAUGGCUCGCGCAAGAGGGCCUCUCCUUCGAGCUGGGCGACGCCUUCGACUUCGAGGGCUUCAAGGCCGAGUUCUCCAAGCAGGUGGGGCCCAUGUUCAAGCCAGCCGCCGAGGAGCUCAGCCGACGGCGAGAGGCAUUGUCCAAGCUGCAGGAGGACUUCCGCAGGAAGACCAAGAAGAGGCGGUGCGAAGACGAAGGCACUGAUGGCGCCGGCGGCCCUGUUGCUCAGGAGGCUGGCACUGCGGGGGCCGACAGCGCCAGCAGGGCGGGGGCCCUGGGUGCGGGGGGCGCCGCGGGCGCCUGCGGCGCUGGCCCCCAGCGCGGCGCCGCUGGCGGCGCGGCGAGCAUCUCCAGGGAGCGCCUGAACGAGCUCGGGGCGGCAGCGAAGGCCGACCGCGCGGCUGGCCAGGAACAGCGGCUGCGCCGCCGAGGCCUGCGAGGCGCCCUCGCCCCUGACAGCAGGAAGCAGGACAGCCUCGACCUGCGGCACCUGGGGGCCGGCCGCAGCAUGUCUCCACGGGCAGCUACACAUGCUUCCACACCGAUGGGGGUCAAGCGGGGCGGCGCCCUCGCGGCCAGCGUGUAUCUGGGCGGCGACCGCCUGGGAGAGAACCUCGGGAGGGGCCCUGCGGGCCCUCGGGCGCGCGCUCGAGGCGUCGGGGGGCCCUUCGUGAUCGGCGGGGGCUUCAACUUUGGGCUUGGGUUAUUCACGGAUAAGGCUCGGCUCUGGCUCGAGGGCAUCUGCGGCCAAGUCGCCAGCAACUCCGAGGGCCUCGGCGGCUGCCACUUCGCCGAGGACGCGCCGCCAUCGGGGCUCGACUUCUUCAUCGUGUCUCAGGACCUCGCCCGCAGCUGGGGCCCAGAGCUGAUCGACGCCGAGGUGCAGGCGCUCUGCGAGGGCGCCAACUGCCAGAAUGACCUUGACAGGGCCUUCCUGGGCAUCAUGGGGCACGUUGAGGACGAGUUGCUGAGCAUCUACUACAUCGACCCCGCCGACGCAGGCAAGAUGGCGCGGCCGUUGCAGGCCCUGGCGCUUUGGCUGCGCAGAGGAGCCGAGGGCCCCCUCCCAGACGCCACGCGCCGUGGCCUGCCAGCCGCCUGGAAGGGCGCUCCCCAGGACGGCCCCUCCGCGUCGCCUGAGGCCCGCGCUGCCUGGGCAGACGCCCUGACAGCUGGGGCGACCGCGCUCGCGGACACCUUCCGCGUGGGCCAGGCCAAGGGCUUCUCGGAGUGGGUUCCGCGGUCAAUGAAGGCGGGAGGUGGAGCUGUCCAUGCCUACAACAGGGGGCCCCAGGGCGGGCUGCCCGACGAGAUCGUGGAGGGCGCCCCCGUGGGCGGGCGGUCGACGCGGCCGCCGCUGGAGAGGCCCUCGCUCGAGCGAGCUGGCAGGGCGGCAAAGCAGUUUGCCGGGCGCACAGGGGCGGGGGCCGACCUUUUCAACCCAAGGCUCAUAGCGGGCCUCAGCAACCUCUGCGUCGAGAGCCUCGACCUCUGCAUGGCCUGCGAGCGCCUCGGCGCGCGGAGGCAGGAGGGCGCCCUGGCCCCCACAGCUUCGGCGCUCAGCAUUUACAAGGGUCCAAGGGGGAUCGUCCUCGCCGGCAUCGUCUCAGAGGCCUUCCACCGGGCGACGGGCUCGGUGGCUGGGCGCGGACGCGCCGGACGCCUGCCCCGAUGCUGCGUGGCCGUCGUCGACGCGGAGCACCGCGGAAUGUGCAUGCUGGCGCCCCUGGCCAUCGCGUUCGAUGACUGCUCCCUGCGCGCGACGGGCACCGAGGCAGAGGUCGGCAUCUUGCUGGACCAGACGGCGGGGGCAGUCGCCGGGAGUUUCGAGCGGAUCUUGGGCGCCGUGGUUUCGAGGGGAAAGAGCGAGAUCCUCGGCGGCUCCGACGGGCUCCGCCGCAUCAUAGAGCCCAGCGUGGCUGUGGGCGCCUUCUUGCGCGCCAAGGCGGCCAGGAACCUCGGGGUGGACUACGCCAUGGGCGGGAAGGCUGUCACCGUGGCCAGCUCGAGCACGUUCACGAGCAGCUCCCAGGCCGACCGCGCCCUACGUGUGCGACGAUCGUCCAAGGCCGCGGGGGCUCAACUCAUCUACUCAGGUCUGAAGCCUGUCGCGACCUACGGCAUCUCGUGCAUGGCCUGGUCCACCAAGGCGCCGCUGCGCUGGCGGUCGCAGGGCCUGGCGGCGAGCCUGCAGCGCCCCGUCGACCCGGGGGCCAUCGACAAGCGCGCCCUCGGCCGCGAGGCCUCCCCGCCGCUGGCGAGUUCAGGGCGCUGCCCUGUGGGCUGCGAGGCGAGGGGGGCCCUCGGGCACCUGGCUUGGGACUGCCCCGCGCUGGGCGGCAUGCGCAGGCAGUGGGAGGUUGACGACCCGAACCUCGACCGCUUCCUGAGCUCUGGGGGCCCUCGCGACGCCGACAGCGUGCGCGCCCAAUGGUCGAGGCGCCUGGUCAAGGAGGGAUACUGUUGGUUCAGGGUCGAGGACGGUAUCGACCCCCCUGCCCUGGCCGCCGUCAGAUGCGCGGUGCCAGAUUGCAAGCAGAGGUACUUGCUGCUGCCGUUGCACGAUUCGGUGCACGAGGCGGAGACUAUGUUGAGGCACAAGUUCCGGGGCCUGCGCCGCGCCACGAGGUUCGUCCGCGACGUCCUGAAGGGCAGCGGCCGAAGCGAGUCCGUGCUGGUGCAUUGCGUACAGGGCAUGUCGCGCGGCGCGGCGGUUGUUUGCGCGUACCUCAUGGAGUACGAGAGCGCUCGGAUGGACCGCGCCGUGGCGGAGGUGCGCGGCAAGCACCCCGGCUGCCUGGUCUCCCAGCACUGGCUGAACUUGCUGCAGAAGUUCGACGCCGAGUUGUUGCGAGGCCUGCUUUGAGCGGCCCCGCGUCUUCGUAGAAGCGUGGGCCGGUGGCUGGUUUUCCUCGUGCGAGGCGGAGGCGGAGGCGCAGCGAUAGCAAGAAGGCGAGG